GUCUGAUAGCAGCAAGGAUUAAAGUCGUCAAAAGAUAUCCAGUAAAAUAAGCAUCAUGGCUCUGGAUGAUUGUGGCCGUCUCUGCAAAUAUACGCUGUUUAUUUUCAACCUCAUCUUUGCACUGGUGGGGUUUGUGUUCCUGGGUCUGGGCCUGUGGCUGAGGUUCAGCGAUGGAACCAGAGCUCUCUUUGAAAUUGAGGAAUUCAACUCAAGUGCAUUCGUUAUUGCGGUGACUGUCCUGAUUAUCACGGGCUUAGUGAUGCUGAUCGUCGUCGUGUUUGGAGUUUACGGCGCCUGCAACGAGAAACGAUGCGCUCUUCUAACGUUUUCGGUCCUGGUGACCAUCCUGGCAGUUGCUGUGGUUGUUUUUGGAGUGAUUGCUUAUUCCAGGAAGGUGGAGAUUGGAUUGAGAAUGGGGGAGUUCUACUCUAGCAUAUAUUUGCUGUAUGUGGCUAACAGCGACCCAGUUCUUGCUGUCACUCUCACAUUCAUCCAAAAACUGCUUCACUGCUGUGGAGCGACCGGGGUGACGUUGUUAGACUUUGCUAAGGAAACCUGUCCCGACCCAGACUCCUUUUGGGAACACAUCAAGAUGGAUGCUUGUCCUGGGGUGAUUGUUGAGGUCUUCAACAGAAAUGCACCGGUGGUGAUUGGCCUGUUCGUCGGAACUGGAGUUAUAUUGUUCUUGGCUUUGAUUUGCAGCUCAAUCCUUACAAACAAGCUCAAGACCCCACCCACUCCUCAGUACAUCAUCCAGACUCAGCCCCCGCCAUCUCAGCUUGAAUGUAUCCCCACCUCCACCUCAAUUUCCUACUCGUACCCCGAACAGAAGCCGGUGGUCUUGAUCCCUCUGACUGUGGCCUACAACCCAGUGGUUAUGACUUAGAGUGGGUUUUUCACUUUUACCACAAUGCUCGGGCAUAUAGGAUACAGAUCUGGGUUUAUUUUCACAUUCACUUUACUUCAUAUUUAUCUCUUCUGUGCAUGCUCACUGUGGGGUCUCUUCAGCUCCCUUUAAAGGAAAAAUCCACCCUUAAAGGCACAAAUAUAACGGCACUUAAGUUAUUGGAUCUUUUAUGUUGUUUUACGUUUUUAUUCCAUUAGAUAAUGGAAAAAUGCUUAUCUGCAAAUAUUUUCCAAGCACUACUAAAGAAGGGGAAUGAUAAAUAUUUAAGCAAAAGAGCAAUUAUUUUUCAAUAAGUGUUUUUAUUUAUUUUUAUUAUAUAAAUACUGCACAUAUUUACCCAAAAAACCCGGUGCUGUUGGAGCUGAUCUGAACAAUAACAAGCCCAUCUCCAAAACUCUUGAAAGAGUGGUCGCCAGUCAACUUCAGUCCCACCUCGACAUAAACAACCUCCAUGAACCAUUCCAAUCCGGUUUCCGCCCAAAACACAGUUCUGAAACAGCCCUCGUCAAAAUCACAAACGAUCUCCUCCGUGUGACUGACUCUGGACUGCUCACUAUCCUCAUCCUCCUCGACCUCACAUCUGCCUUUGACACCAUCUCCCACCCACUGCUCAUCAAACGUCUGGCAGACAUUGGGAUCACUGGUGCUGCACUCUCCUGGUUUACAUCCUACAGCUCAAUAAUCACAAGUCCAGCUGAUCCACUGUUUCACAUGGUGUCCCCCAGGGGUCAGAUGUUGGUCCACUCCUCUUCAUCAUUUACCCUCCUCCCCCCUGGCCCCAUCCUCUGUCACCAUGAGGUCCAAUUUCACUGGUAUGCGGACGACACACAGGUCUACAUAUCUACCAAACCCAAUGCUGCCCUGCCCCCCACCUCUCUCACCACCUGCCUCCAGGACAUCAGGAGCAGGAUGAGCCGUAACUUCCUCAAGCUCAACAGGAGCAAAACUGAGGCCCUGUUUGUUGGCUCCAAAUCCACCCUCUCCAAAGCUCCACCCCCCUCUGCCCCAGACCUAAUCAUAGACGGUUUCCCUGUCCCAUACUCUACCCAGGUCAAGAGCCUUGGUGUCAUUCUGGACUGCUCCCUCUCAUUUGCACCCCACAUAAAAAAAAUCACCCGGACUGCAUUCUUUCAUAUACGAAACAUCUCCUGACUCCACCCACAACUUACUCAAUCCAGUACUGAAGUCCUGGUUCAUGCAUUCGUCACAUCCCAUAUUGACUACUGUAAUACCAUCCUUAGGCCUUCCCAUCAAACUCCUCAAUAAACUCCAAAUCAUUGAGAACUCUGCUGUCCGGAUCAUGACCCGCACCAAAUCCUCUGACCACAUCAGCCCCAUCCUCUGACAUCAGCCCCAUCCUCUAACCACAUCAGCCCAUCCUCUGACCACAUCAGCCCCAUCCUCUGACCACAUCAGCCCCAUCCUCUGACCACAUCAGCCCCAUCCUCUGACAUCAGCCCCAUCCUCUGACAUCAGCCCCAUCCUCUAACCACAUCAGCCCCAUCCUCUGACCACAUCAGCCCCAUCCUCUGACCACAUCACCCCCAUCCUCUGACAACAUCACCCCCAUCCUCAUCCAUCUGCAUUGGCUACCUGUAAAAUACCGGAGAGACUUCAAAACCCUCCUGCUCACAUUCAAAGCCGUCCACAACCUGGCCCCCACCUAUCUGGCUGACCUCCUACACCCCCUCUCUCUCGCUCCCUCCGCUCCGCCUCUACUGGCCUGCUAACUGUCCCGACCCCACGCCUAGUCACGAUGGGGGCUCAGGCUUUUAGCUGCACUGCUCCCAAACUAUGGAACCCUCUCCCCCUUCACAUCCGACAGUCUGACACAAUCCCCACAUUCAAGUCCCUCCUUAAAACCCACCUGUUCAGAUCAGUCUAAUCACUGAAGUACUACAUGUCUCCUGUUUCCCAACAUGUCCCCUGUUACGGUCCUUUUGUACUGUCUUAAACCUUUCCUUCUAAUAUGUUAUGAAUUGUAAGGUGUCCUUGGGUGCUUUGAAAGGCGCCUCUAAAUAGAAUGAAUUAUUAUUUAUUAUUCUUCAUCAUCGUGGACAUAAAUAAUGUGACACAUCCGUUUAAUAACAAAACUGUGAGGAAGAGCAUGUAGGAUGGGAUAAAAUUCCAUACCAUUGUUACACUUUUUUUUAGCCAUGUUUAUCGUAAUAAGCAUCGUCUUUUUUCCUCUAAUGCUUUUUUCGUUUUUGUGGAAGAGUUCAAUACAAACUGAACCACUGGAAAUAUUGUUUUUAAAUGAAUAAUAUAUGCAUAGAUGAGAAAGGCAUCAUGUUCUGUAUAAUCAAUUUAGAUGAUAUGAAAUGUUUACGUAAGGUCGGGUCGUAUAUGUCCCUGUCGACACCUUAAAGUGGGAAUUGUUUUGCAAUAGAUGGGAUUUUUCCAUAGUUUUGCAUUCCAUAACAUUUCUUUUUUACAUGAUUGUGCAUCAGGAGGACCACAGGAUUCAACUUAAAUAAAGUAAAGGACCUUUUUGAGUGUGACAAGAAUAUUGUGUAUCAGUCAUCAGGUUCUGUAAGAGGCUGUUAAUCUUACUGUAUAAACUGAGUGUACAUUCUGCCUUCCUGUAAACACUGCUUUGGUUCAAAAGGAAACACCAUGCCAUUAAUGACAAUUAUAUUUGUGGUGGAAAUUCGUCAAUAAAGGGAACAAACAAAU